UAUGUCAGCCUCCAUGGAAACUUCAUACAUACACGAGACCAGUAAAACCGUUAAGGAUUUUUUAGAAAAUAUAUCUCUCAGGUCCAUACAUGACCUUGAUAUUAGGCCAUGUAUGUUCUUGGAACUAGUUUAUAUGGAAAUUGAGCUGUUUGAUAUUAAUGGUAGACGCUACCGAGGUUGGGUACAUACGGUUGAUCCGGUGUCGAAAAGCAUUGUGCUUGUGGAAUUCGGUGAAGGAACGUGCGUACAUGUGAUCAUGGGACACGCUCUGAAAAGUCUAAACGUACUGAACGAGAACAAGAGCACAAGAAAAGAUGAGCUGGACAGUUUGUUUGAAUUAAGUAAAGGAGGCAGAUAUACAAAACAAGAUCUGGUCAAGAGAAAGAACGCAGUACGUGAUUGGUUGGAACGGAAUCGAAUCCCUGUUAUGCUAACAGGUGAAAAGGGAGAGAAUUUAACUGUUUCAAAUGCGUUGUAUAUUGUAGCACCAUAUAGACCCGAGGACUGUAUUAGCACAAAUGAAAUUAUAUUGGAUAGAGUACAAUCAUUGUUACGAUCAAGACCCGAUGAUGAAGAAACAGUUGCAUUGCAGACUUAAUAGUACAUUAUUUACCCAAAGAAUAACUUAAUGCCUCUACAACAGCAGGUCCAGGAGUGGUGAAGGGGAUGCUCCCCUAACAAUGAAAAAGUCUAUAACCAAGCAUGAAAUUUCUUAUAUAAAGCACUGUCCAGAAUAUUUUAUUUGACAAAAACAUGUGACAUGCCCAAAUAUGGUCAUCAUGGCCAUAUAUAGGCACAUCGUAGGCAUACAACAGUUUUUUGUCAAAAAACUGGAUAAUCUGGACAAUGCUUAAGGGAUCAAUAUGGCCAGAACUUCAUAGCUUCCGGGAGCCUAUACAAAAAACAGGGAAAGAUACACCCCAUCAUCCCAACUUGAUCCAUCGACAGUCGGUGCUUCACAGCCCCAGCAGAAACAUCUUGAAUCUGCCUUUGCUCAAUGAUUUUUUUUUUGUUUUAAAAAAAAAACAAUUCUACUAACAAAGCCUAAUAUUGAGACAAGUGUACAGAGAAUCAUUUCAUCUUUGUAUCAUGUUAUUGGCAAGUGUGCAUUGGGUGUGAAGGAAAUAAAAAAAAAUAUUCAUGCAAAAUACUGUAUUUAUUUUAUUAUUUUAACCAUGUUUGUGAAAGUAUAAAGCUAUCAUUUUGGACCGUGCUUUCCUUCCUUAAGGUGUAAUGAAUGAGGGAGUGGGUGAAUGAGGGAAUUAAUAAGUAAAUGGAUGAAAAAAAAGGGAUUGGAUAAAUGAAUGAGAGAAUGAUUUAGUAAAUAAAUGAAUAUAUGAGGGAAAUGAAUGAAUGAAUGAAGGAUUGCUUUAAUGGAUGAAGUACUGGAUGAAUGAGGGAAUAAAUAAGUAAAUGAGUGAAUGAAGGAUUUAUAGAAUCCAAUUUUGUUUUUCCUUCAUCAGCUUUAGUUCCACUUUUAAUUCUAAAAACUUAUUUGGACAGAAACGACGUAAUAACAAGACCAAAUAGAUGUUAGCCGUGAUUGUAACAUGAAACUUUUUUGAAAAGUGUUUUU